CAACAACAACAAUGGAGGCCGAAAAGAUUUUUUUUUAAAUUUCAAUUAUUGUUCAAAACUGAUAGGAUUUUUACUUGAUACAGUUCAACUAUUUGUGUUUUCUGGUGAUUAAAAAAACAAGGAAGAGAAUCAAUGAUGACACGAACUGCAAAAAUCUGAAGACAAUAGCUGCCAAAGGCAAAAACUACAAAUCGCUUGUCAAGAAGAAAAAGAGGAAUAUUGACAUUGUAUAUAUUCGAAUCAAGUGCAUGUUUAUAGUCACGUGCCCACUUCCUUGAAGCCCCAAAUGAACAAUAUUAUUAUGAUUUACUCUUUCAAACAGCAAACUGAUACUGUAUGUUUGUUUUCAGAAUAGAAUUUGAAGGAUAUUGUGUUGUGGUUUGUUUGAGAUGGACUUAUGUAUAAGUAUUUGAUAAACUAUACUGGAAAAAACAAGACUAAAGUCAUGAUUAAAAAGGGAUUUAUUAAAACAUUAUGAUGAAUUGGACAAGUUUGGCUUCGACAGUUCCUGCAGUUACUUCUAAAACAUUGGGGACUAUUAUCGAUCCGAUUCCUAAUUUAACUUUGAACACAAACAAUUCAGUUAAUGUAAACAGAAGCUUGCUCCACGAUACACAGAUCAAUGUAGAGAAACGGCUGAUAGAAGUGUUAAAGGGGCAUAACCUUACAGCCUUUCAAUAUUUCUCCAAAUUAGCUGGCAUCCCUACCUACCUCCCGCCCACAACUACGUCUCAACGAGUACCUUUCACUUCUGGGGUGGUGAGUUGGGCAUUCAUAGCACCCAUUACAAUUAUUGGAUUGUUUCUGUUUGCAGUUGCAGCUUGCCUCCUUUUUCAUAAUUGGCGCGAUAAAAGACGUCUGCAGAGAUAUUCCCCAAGCAGACAAAAUCCUGAAUUCAACAGACAAGGCGCUGAGAACAAUUCUAAACGAGAUCGCGGUUCCGCUCGGUCUACGACUUCUGCCAGAUCCACGGGAGCUUCAACUUUUGGAAAAGGACAGAUUGUUCCCCUGGGAAGAAAGGCGUCUUUGAGAUUAACACCGGAUGAAGAUGGCUGGAAAAUCGCUAACCAGCCUCAAAUUCUUUCCCCAAUCGAUGAACUUGAUUCUUCAAACUCUAAAACAGCCGUCACAGAAAUUAAACCCAAGUUCUUCAGUUCCCACGAACGAUUCGCCCCGUAUCACCUUACGUGGAUUGCACAAUCAUCAAAAGAUACAGAAAUGCAACAUGUCAACGAAAAGCAACCCAUUCAUGUGAUAGAGAACCCUAUAACUAACCAGAUUGGGAAUGACCAAUACUACGAGGAAUCUAAGGUGGUGCGUGAAAUGGAGAAGACAUCCCCGUUCUAUCCACAUCACACAACUCCCACAACAGAGUAUGACAGAGAGUCUGAAUUUAGCGGCAAUCUGCAAGGUGGAGAUUCAGCUGUCUCUACCCAUAUCCAUGACAACGUCAGCCUCCCGUCCACAAUAUAUCCUGUGAUAGGACGAGCCCCUCCUUCAUUGACCGAUGGAGCAGAUCUUUCGUCCAUCCACACUUUGCCUGAAAAUAGAUCACAAUACAAUAUUCACAGCAACCCACUCUCUGCUACGACCAGCUUUACUGAUAGUGCUAGUGGUUCCUUGAGUCUUCCAAGCAGCAUUUCCAGAUUCCAUGCCAGUAGACUGAACAACACUCCCAAUUACGCAUAUCCACUUGCUAGCACUUGUUACAAUGGUUCCCAUGCUAAACUGAACUUCACUGCAACAAGCAGCAUUGAUAUAUCCGAGAAUAAUUCACAUUAUUCGGAUAACACGUCCAUGUUCCCUAACGUUGGAAGCAGCAUCACUUCAUUUAAUCCAUCUGUACCACGGUCUAACCCGACUAGCUCCUGCGCAAGUGACAUUUUCAGCCCAGAUCGCCCGUAUUCAAAUGUCGGUGGACGGCAGUACGCUUCUCAUCCAGGAACGGGUACAAACACACGUCAAAAUAGUUUCUCGACAAAUUCCGCCGAUGGACACGUCCCACCAACAGCUGAAAACAGUCGUGUCAGUCCAGCGCGAGAAGCUGAGAUGUUCAGGAGCUGGAGUCUUGGUGCUGACGUCAACUCCGGAUCGUUGGGUAAUCUCCCAGCUAUAGCACCGGCGUCUCUUCCAUCUGGGGAACCGUACCCAGUCUUCCACAACAAGGACGAUUCAAACCAGUCUAAAUCUGAUGGACACAUUACAACUACAUCAUACGACUUCAACCACAACCAAUCACCGGACAACAGAAAGGUUAAAUUCAGUGUGCCUGUGCUUAAUAAGAAACAGUACUGGGUUUAGCUCAUUUGUAACGGGAUGUUGCUUGUUUUUGUGACGCUCAACUGUAGGCUACCCGUGAAGCCGUGAUAUUGACUAGUGUUCUAUAAACGUAAUGGCAACAUUUUUUGCACCCAAGACUUUUUGACCGGGAACUGAUCCCCAAACGCUACUCAUCAUCGAAAUAAGCCGAAGGCUCCGCCAGUUCAAGGACGAUCGACAUGACACACGGCAUGCGUGUUCCUUGUACAAUUGCGCAUCGAUUAACGGGGUUCAAUUUUUGAUAUGACGUCACAAUACCCAGAUGGCCGCUUUGACGUCAUGCUAAUGUGUCCUUUAAAAAAAAACAAUUGUCUCAUCAUUGACUCUGUUAAUGCAGAAAUUAACCAGGUGCUGUUGUUCCCGCCAUUUGAUAUAAAACUCUAUAUUGCAAUGUUGGAAUUAAUUAAGAAAUUUCUAUUGUAUUAUAUUUAUAUGAAUCUAUUGAAAUAUAGUUAAUCGUUACAUUAUAAUUGGAUGGCUUGUUCUCUAUUAAAUGCACUAUUUGUGAGUGUAAUUAGCAUGGACUAAUUGAUUCUUCGUUUUUUUAGAAAUAUAACUUGGAAUUAACAAGCAA